CCUUCGGUCUGCAGUUCGCACAGUUCAUCGCCCCGGUUUAUCUCGCGCAGUCUGCUAUCAGCGCUCGCAGACUCCAAUGGAAAAACGGAGAGGCGCGUGUUUCACAGCCCUGCCUGAACGCAAAACGUGGGGAGAACAAGUGGGAAAGUUGGCACUCUUUCUGAUCAAAUUGCACCUCACCGAGACUUCAUCUGUUCCCAAGAGGAGGUGAAAAAAGAAAAGAAAGCGCUCUCUGAACCUGCCGUCUGGCUUGGAUUAUUUCUGCUGCGGUUGCCAGAUCUCGGGGAAUACUUUAUAUGGCACACGCUAAUACCCGGGCAGAUACAUGAUAUCCGUCCGUGCAUCGUUCGCACGGAGCUCUGCAUCUAAAACCCAAACUUCAGCAGGUCCCCGCAGACCUAAAGGUCUACACCGGUUUCCGACACCACACAAUCGUGUUUUCUUAUCACCGCUGGAGGACACGCUCAACUAUGUUUGGCUGCGGUGAAGUUCCUGGGUCGCCCCGGAUUCUCGCCAGAUCGAGCGCUGCUCCCGGAGGCACAGGAUUAAGACAUGUAAUAAGAAACAGCUCAAGCUCAUCGUACGGUCCGCGUGCGUCUUCGCGGUUGUGUUGCGCGCUCCUGUUCCUUCUGCUCAUCCUCACACCGCGCGUGGACUCGUCCUGGUGGUAUAUUGGAGCCCUUGGUGCACGUGUGAUCUGUGACAAUAUUCCCGGGCUGGUGAAUAAACAGAGACAGUUGUGUCAGAAAUAUCCAGACAUCAUGCAAUCGAUAGGAGGUGGUGCUAAAGAGUGGAUUCGAGAGUGCCAGUAUCAGUUUCGUCAUCACCGCUGGAAUUGCAGCGCCCUGGACAGAGACCAUACUGUUUUUGGAAGAGUAAUACAGCGCAGUAGUCGUGAGGCGGCGUUCGUAUAUGCGAUCUCCUCGGCUGGAGUGGUUUUCGCUAUUACCCGUGCCUGCAGUCAAGGGGAGCUGAAGGCCUGUAACUGUGACCCACAGAAACGUGGACGAGCCAGUGACGAACGAGGAGAGUUUGACUGGGGCGGCUGUAGUGACAACAUCAACUAUGGGAUAAAGUUCGCCAAAGCCUUCAUAGAUGCAAAAGAGCGAACCGUGAAAGACGCACGAGCACUCAUGAACCUUCAUAACAACCGAUGUGGAAGAAUGGCUGUAAAGCGCUUUAUGAAGCUGGAGUGUAAAUGUCAUGGAGUCAGUGGCUCGUGCACCCUCAGAACUUGCUGGUUGGCAAUGUCAGAUUUUCGUAAAACAGGAGAUUACCUUCGCAAGAAAUACAACGGAGCCAUCGAGGUUACCAUGAACCAAGACGGGACAGGAUUUACAGUAGCCAAUAAAGACUUUAGGAAAGCCACAAAAAACGACCUGGUGUAUUUUGAAAACUCACCUGAUUACUGUCUCAUGGAUAAAACUGCAGGUUCAUUGGGCACUGCUGGUCGGGUCUGUAACAAGACGUCCCGAGGGACGGACGGCUGUGAGGUCAUGUGUUGCGGGCGAGGCUAUGACACCACACGCUCAAAACGCAUCACCAAGUGCGAGUGCAAGUUUAAGUGGUGUUGCACUGUGGAGUGCAAAGACUGCGAGGAGGCUGUCGACAUUCACACCUGCAAAGCUCCGAAACGUGCGGAAUGGUUGGACCAGACCUGAGAAACGCCCACUUCCUGUCGAUCCUCAGGAUUUUGUCCAUGGCAUUCUGGGAUAUGAAGUCCAUCCCUUGCGAGUUUUCCACCCUGCUCCCCCCCUAAAAAAUCCCUCUUUUUUGUUGCAUGGCUUUAUUUGAACUUAUUUUGUGAAAGCACUACAACUGAAAUCUAUGAGCGCCUUGCACACUUGGCCUGAUAUGCCAGAUUUAUUGUUCUCUCUUUCUUUUUUGUUUUAAAUUAGUCGAAGGGUGGUAAAAGUUGGGGAUUCAAUAACAACCUGUGCUGUAAAAUGUUGGUAUAUUUUUGUUGUUGUCGUUGUUUCGUUUUGACGUGAGAAUUUUGUUCUGUGAGUGUUGUUUCGUGACAAAAGGUGUGCUGCUUUUUAAAGAAUAUUUUAAACUGACUCUGAGCCUAUCAGAUAUUAUCAUGGCUAAUAGCUGAAUAUGUACAUCACAUGUUAUUGAAAACACAAAUCGUGUACUUAACAUACACCACGAGCUCAUACUGGACAGUAUUUUACUCGGACUAUCGGUACCGAAUAUUACAGAACGAACGAAUCAGAACGAGGCUGGUCAGGGGCACUCAAGAGGACAAUAUGGAUGACAGCUAUGUGGGCUGCUCACUCCACAUGGAGCUCUACCAGAGAGGCGCUUGGAAGGGUUUGAUGUAAUAUUAAUAAUAUAAAUGAGCAUGCACUAAGGACAUUAGCUAACAGUUGAGCGAAAAUGACAUGUUAUUGUAAAACUCAUCAUUGCCUGUGUAAACAUGAAGAAUGGUGUUAACAGCUGUGGCUGGUAGAGGUGUAAGCUCUCUUUAGCUCUCCUAUGCUGUGGUACUUGUUAACUGUGUUAUUAUUUUUUCAGCAGAAGUUCAUAUAAAGACUUUAAAAAAGA